GGCUCUUCCCAGACAGACAGCAAGGCCACCAAGAAGACCGAGAUGGGCAUGAUGAUGCCCUACAAGAUGUGUGUCUUCGACCAGGAGAACUUCCAGGGCCGCUGCAUGGAGAUCACGGGCGAGUGCAUGAGCGUGUGCGAAGCGGGCUUUGACCGCGUGCGCUCCCUGCGUGUCGACUGCGGCCCCUUUGUGGGCUACGAGCAGAUGAACUUCUGCGGCGAGAUGUACGUGCUGGAGAAGGGCGAGUACCCGCGCUGGGACUGCUGGAGCAACAACUACCGCAACGAGUACUUGAUGUCCUUCCGGCCCAUCCGGAUGGAUACAGAGAAGCACAAGAUCUGCCUCUAUGAGGUGGGCGACUUCAAGGGCCGUAAGAUGGAGAUCAUGGACGACGAUGUGCCCAGCCUCUUCUCUUACGGCUUCACGGACCGCGUGGGCAGCAUCUGCGUCAGCUGCGGAACGUGGGUGGGCUACGAGUACCCUGGUUACCGUGGCAGCCAGUACCUGCUGGAGAAGGGUGACUUCCGGCACUUCAACGAGUUUGGCGCGCGGCACCCCAGGAUGCAGUCGGUGCGCCGUAUCCGCGACAUGCAGUUCCACCCAUUCGGUGCCUACACCAUGGCCAGCAAGUGA